CAGCUUCGGGGGGGGGCUUCAUGAUUUGGAGGUUUGCCUUCUACUUGAUUAUUAUUAUUUGUUCUUUUGAAAACUCAUCCGAGGAAGACGCACCCCUGCUGAGCUUUUACCUGAAUGCUUAUUGCAUGGAUUGAACACAACCAGCUGGAUGUGAAAGAGGGGACUAUCCCACCGACUCGAAUCCAAGCGGUCAUCGUGUCUCCUUUCCGAGUGUGAGCCCAGCACCGUCGCACGAACUUGAGCCAUGCCCUGCGUCCAGGCUCAGUAUGGAUCAUCGCCGCAAGGAGCCAGCCCCGCUUCCCAGAGCUUCAGCUACCACGCCGCCGCGGCAGGAGAAUACAGCUGCGACUUCCUCACUCCCGAGUUCGUGAAGUUUAGCAUGGACUUGACCAACACCGAGAUCACGGCCACCACCUCCCUGCCCAGCUUCAGCACCUUCAUGGACAACUACAACGCGGCGGCCGGCUACGACGUCAAGCCGCCCUGCCUCUACCAGAUGCCGCACGCCGGCGGCGAGCAGUCGUCCGUCAAGGUGGAGGACGUGCAGAUGCACGGCUACCACCACCACCCGCACCACCCGCACCACCCGCACCACCACCAGCAGCAGGGCCACCUCCCGCCGCCGCAGUCCGACGACCUGAUGAGCCACGCCGGGCCCGUGUACUUCAAGACGCCGUCGUCGCCGCACGCCCCCAACACGCCCAACUUCCAGGUGCAGCCCGGCGCCGUGUGGGAGGAGCCCGGCGGCCCCUCGCUGCACACCUUCCACCACAACUACAUGAUGGAGCAGCGCAAGAAUCCCGUCUCGCGGCUGUCGCUCUUCUCCUUCAAACAGUCGCCGCCCGGCACGCCCGUGUCCAGCUGCCAGAUGAGGUUCGACGGCCCGCUGCACGUCUCCAUGGGCCACGACGGCCCCGCUUCGGCGGCGGCGGCGGCCGCUGCAGCUGCGGCCGCGGCGGCGGCGGCGGCGGCGGCGCACCACCGCGGCCUGGACGCGCAGAGCUUCUCGGUGCCCGGCGUCCACCGCAAGCAGCCGAGCGGCCUGGCCUUCCCGCACUCGCUGCAGCUGGGCCACGGACACCAGCUGCUGGACAGCCAGGUGCCGUCGCCGCCCUCCCGCGGAUCGCCGUCCAACGAGGGGCUGUGCGCGGUGUGCGGGGACAACGCGGCCUGCCAGCACUACGGGGUUCGAACCUGCGAGGGAUGCAAGGGCUUCUUCAAGCGCACCGUCCAGAAAAAUGCCAAAUAUGUGUGCUUAGCCAACAAGAACUGUCCUGUUGACAAACGCCGAAGAAACCGGUGCCAGUUCUGCCGGUUCCAGAAGUGCCUUGUGGUUGGAAUGGUGAGAGAAGUCGUGAGGACCGAUAAUCUGAAAGGUCGACGAGGACGUCUGCCGUCCAAACCCAAAAGCCCCCAGGAGCCCUCCCCCCCGUCGCCGCCGGUGAGCCUCAUCAGCGCGCUGGUCAGGGCCCACGUGGACUCCAACCCUUCCAUGUCUGCACUGGACUACUCCAGAUUCCAGGCGAGCCCAGACUACCAAAUGGCCGGAGACAACACGCAGCACAUCCAGCAGUUCUACGACCUGCUCACCGGCUCCAUGGAGAUCAUCCGCGGCUGGGCCGAGAAGAUCCCGGGCUUCUGCGAGCUGCCCAAGCCGGACCAGGACCUCCUGUUCGAGUCUGCCUUCCUGGAGCUCUUCGUCCUGCGGCUGGCGUACAGGUCCAACCCGGUGGAAGGCAAGUUGAUCUUUUGCAACGGCGUGGUGCUGCACAGGCUGCAGUGCGUGCGCGGCUUCGGCGAGUGGGUGGACGCCAUCGUGGAGUUCUCCUCCAACCUGCAAGGCAUGAACAUCGACAUCUCGGCGUUCUCCUGCAUCGCCGCGCUCGCCAUGGUCACAGAGAGACACGGGCUGAGGGAGCCCAAGCGGGUGGAGGAGCUGCAGAAUAAGAUCGUCAACUGCCUGAAGGACCAAGUGACGUUCACCGGCGGCGGCCUGAACCGACCCAACUACCUGUCCAAGUUGUUGGGCAAGCUGCCCGAGUUGCGCACGCUGUGCACGCAGGGGCUGCAGCGCAUCUUUUACCUCAAACUCGAAGACCUCGUGCCUCCGCCGGCCAUCAUCGACCAACUCUUCCUCGACACGCUGCCUUUCUAAAACCAGGCCGAAUCCCGAAAAAAAACAACAACUGUUCCAACCCUUUUUUUUUUUUUUUUUUUAUAAAUUCUUUUGGGACAUCUGUUGAUGGCUUCCCCUCUGAGGACCCUCCCAAAAUUGAACACAAAAUACGUUUUUGUCUUUAAAUGAAACACUUACAUUUGUUUUGACAGCGCAUGACAGACUGAUCAAAUGCAAAUAUUGCCCCACCGCUAUUAUUUAAUUCCAACGACUUCACACAAAAAAAGAUGAUUCAUCCUUCCAUCAUGUCUUUAGCGCCACCAGAUGUAAUAUAUAUUCCAUUUAUAUAUAUAUAUAUAUAAUAUAUAUAAUGUAUAUGCGGACACACGCGUGGACACUGUAUAUUAUUCAAAUAGAUGACACAUCAGUUUAUAAUAUGUACAAAGUUUGUUAUAACGAAAGUUUUUUUUUUUUUUUUUUUUUUUUUUUUAAACCAUGCCUCCCCCAUUUAAAAAAACAAAACAAAACGACGCAUGUAUUAUGAUUAUUUAUUUUGUUGCUCUUUUAUAGGCACAUGCAGAAGCGAUGUCUAUAUAUACCGGACACUAUGUAGUCUGCUAGAUUUGAUACCAAUAUA